CCAUAGUGGGACCAACACAACUUUGUUAUGUCAAGUUAUGAACAAAUAGUGGUAUUUUAAAGACUAUAAAUAAAUAAAAAGUAAAGUACAAAAAAUACCAUUUACAGGGUUUGGAGCCCUGGGUGGGCUGGGGAUGGUGGUCAUAGUUAGAUGUGAAAACCAGAAUUGCAGUCUCUGCUUCAGUUUAUCCUAGAAGGUGUUCUCCAAGGUUGAGGUCAGGACUUUGGACAGCACGUCAGGUUUGUUUGUUUGUUUUAUUUGGAUCCCCAUUAGCUUCAGCAUAAGCUAAGAGCUAUUCUUCCUGGGGUCCUACAGUCUUCCAUUUGACAAUACAAUUUAUUACAUCACAUUACACACUAUAUGCACAAGACAUUUACACAACAUUUAAUACAUAUUUUACAAUUAACGCCAUUGAUUACCAAAAUAAAAAAAAAAUGCAUAAACAUAUACAAUAUAUAUUGUUCCUACUCCUAAUAGAACUAUAUCAAAGAACAAGCUAACAAGAACCCUACUUCUUUGAAGGUAAUAUUUCUUAAGUGAAGUUUUGAAACCAUACAGAGUGUUUUGUCGUUUGAUAGUAUUUGGGAGUGAAAUCCAUUCACACAUUACCCUGUAUCUAACUGAAUGUUCAAUUGAUUUAGUUUUAACUCUAGGUAAAAUAAAACUACCUCCUACUGCAUGUCUCAUUGGAUAAUGAUGUGUAUUAAUACUAAAGGAUAAUUUUGUAUAUAAAGUGAAAGGUGUUUUAUUUGUUCUAACAUUAUAUAAAAAUACCAUUAGUGAAUACACCAAUCUAUUUUUAACUUUUAACCAUAAAAGGCUGUCACACAUUUUGUUAAUUCUAUUUCUCUACACCAAACUUUAUACAACUGGAGCCAUGGAAUCUAUUGGAGCAUCUGAGCCCCCUUUUGUUUGUGAAUAGGAUUAAAGGAAUCUACUUGUAGUAUGAUGUUUACAGAGGACAUUGAGGUAGAUGUUUUGGAAAUAAAGUCAGAGAAACCAGACUUGGGUGAUUUGAACCUAUAUACAGAAGACAUUGUGAGUACAGUAGAAUAGAAUAAUGCUGAAACUGCAAUGUUGGAGGCCCAGAGGAAGACCAAAGAGGAGAUUUAUGAAUGGAGUCAAAGAGGACAUGUGCAGAAGAUAGGGUUAGAUUAAGACAGAAGACUCUCUUUGGCGGCCCCUGAAAGGGAAAAGCUGAAAGAAGAAGAAUGCCUAUACUCGACCAUGAAAAACCAUUCCAUGAAGCUCUCUGUGCACCUAUCUUUAGCUAAUCUAAAGUAUGCUGGUCUGUUGUUGUUAUACACACGGUAUCCUUUAACAGUAGCAAACCCAAAUUCACUGAAAGAAUCAUCCAUUCUUUCAGAAACAUUCAUAGAAUCCAUCAGCGGGUUUACGUGCUAGAUUUUAUGCACCCGUGGCCAAAAAAGGAAUAGCAACACCUGAAUUCAUUGAUGUGAAUGGGUUAGCGAAUACCUUUCUAGCAAUAUUAGUCAAACCAUUUUGUGGCAAUAUAACAAGAGCCAGUGAAAUCUAUUUAAAAUUGGUUGUGCCCAUGAAUGGCCGACACACUCCAACAAAUGAUCUAAUGUUGAACAGUAUUUAGAUAAAUAAUUCAGAUCCUAUAUAUAAAGAUAACAUAUAAAUUAAUAAAGAAAGCAAACAUGUGGAAUUCAAUAUUGCACUUAAUAAUCUGCCAAAGAUAUUCAUGCUGGCAAUCCUCAAAAUGAUCAACCAGAAUUAGAUCUGCAACUGAACGUGUGAGAAGCUGUGGCUAAACGGUUAACCUAACAGUAGGGCUCCCCCAAAAAUGUGUUGAUGUCCUGUGUUUGUGGCUAACUCAAAUAAGUUGUAUGACUGUUCAUAUUGUUUCAGGUCAAACUCACCAACAGCAUCAUUAAAAGCAGCUGCUCCUUCCAUUCACUAUCACCAAAGGAGGCUCACAUGGCAGACUUACUAAAAGACUCAAUUGCUUGGCCCAAAACGCUUUCUUUAUCAUCUUACCUCUCCCUGAAUGACACGAGUGAUCCCGCUCACAGCACCUUCACAAUUCUCCCACCAAACGGAGGGGGAGGUUGGUGUGGCGGGGCAAGUGUUGGAUCAUCGCAAUGGCUCCUACUCAGCUAUAUUCUCUUUACCCUGGGAAGGACUGGCACAGGUUGAGGUGAUAUUGGUCCAUCCUAGUGAGGGAAUCACAGUGCUGGAAAAAUUGACCCAGGAGCAACCUGGCAGAAUCUUUUUCCGCAGCAUUUUCCGUUGGGGCUCAUUGAUUAAAACCACAAUCUGUAAUAUAUGCCUUAAUGCCACUCAGAGACUAUGCAACUACACUGAUCUUAACACAGGUGAGCCCUGGUUCUGCUACAAGCCAAAUAAACUGAGUUGUGAUGCCAGGAUCACCCACUCCAAAGGAGGCUUUAUACAAAACCUGCAGCCAUUGGAGGAGAAGCUCUUUGAAAAUGGUGUCAACUUAAAGGUCCCAAUUACAGCUUCAGGACCUGCACACAUCCAAGUUCUGAAUCAAAUGGAUUACUUUUACAAAUCAGCUUUCAACUUCCCUUGGGAUGCUCCUGGUGAAAUGAGCAAUCCCAUCAGGAGUAGACCCGCUGGUUAUUACUACCAGGGUGCUUGGCAAUCACUAGAUGGCACCCAAGUUCACCAGUUUAACACCAUCACUUCAAUCAAUCAGUGUCUGAAAAACAAAGUGGUCCACCUGUAUGGAGACUCCACCAUCCGCCAGUGGUUUGAACAUUUAAACAAAUCCCUACCAGAUCUCAAGGAGUUCGACCUGCAAAGCUCAAGGCAAACUGGACCUUUCAUUGCCUUGGAUUAUGCAAACAACAUUUUAGUGACCUUCCGAUGCCAUGGUCCUCCAAUCCGUUUUGGGACCACGCCUGUCAGUCAGCUACGUUAUAUUGCCAAUGAACUGGACCGUGUGGUUGGGGGCAACAACACUGUCAUAGUUAUUGGCAUUUGGUCUCACUUCAGCACUUUCCCAAUUGAAGUCUACAUUCGACGUCUACUGAACAUUCGGAAAGCUGUGGUGCGGCUGUUGAAAAGGGCUCCAGAUACUCUGGUUAUCAUCAGAACUGCAAACCCCAAAUCACUGACACUAUAUGAGACUCUGACAAAUAGUGACUGGUAUUCACUACAGUAUGACAGAGUCCUCAGGGCAAUAUUCAAAAGAGUAAAAGUCAAACUGGUGGAUGCCUGGGAGAUGACCAUAGCCCACCACCUACCACACAGCCUCCACCCAGAACCUCCCAUAGUCAAGAAUAUGAUAGAUGUUAUGCUGUCCUACAUAUGCCCCAGCCCCACACCAGAGAAUUUCUAAAGAGCAAUGGGGAGUGUGGACAUUGCUGAUUUUAAAUAUUGUUUCGUUUGAAUGCUUUUUUUCCAUUGUCUUUUCUGUUGUCUUGUGUGGUGAUCAUAAUCUGUGAAAUGGAUACAGUGCUAUGACAAAGAAUUUCCACAAGGGGAAAUACUUUGUCACUACCAAGGACAUAUGUAUCUUGAAUAAAAAUUACAUUAGAAUAAUGGUUAUUGAAUGUUCUUAGCUAACAAAAAGCUUUUAGAUUUUGAAGUUUAAUUUCUCCCAUCAGUUUAUGUCCUAAAAGGCAAAGAGCCCAAUAGUAAAACCAGGCGUGGUGCUGUGCUUAAAAGGUUCAUUAAAAAUAAUAAAUCCUUGGUCCAGGCAAGCAAAAUCACAGAAGUGAAAAGGAGCCAGGCAGUACUGACAACUUCUCACAGCAGGAGACAACAGGGAGAUUGGCAAGGAUCUGGUCCAAAAAGCAGACAGGGAUCAUACAAGGUGAGACAGAAAGGCAGACGGAUCCGAUGGGCCUGGCAAAGAUUGUGGUCAGGAAAAAGUCCAGAACAACAGAGAGCCGAGGAGGCUUCCGAUAGGGGCAAGGCAAGACAAGGAAAUCCAGAGACUUGAGAUGGAUCUGAAAGGCAAGGCUGACAAAGAAGAACGCUGGACAGUUAGCUCACACAAGACUUUGAGAUAAUCUGGCAACAAGAAGCUUUAGGGAUCCGUUAUAUAAAACCUGAUCAACAGGUGAAUGAAAUCAUCUCAGUUGUGAUGCUGCGGGAGAAUGGAUGACAGGAUAAGCAGAUCAUAUGGAGGAAAUCAUGAGUAUGGUACUGAAGAGAACGGCCUGAUCUUUUACUAUUGCAAAGGUUGAAUCCUGUUUGUAUUAAUAACUGAAAACACUGUCCAAAGAAAGAUUAGUUCUGGAAUGUUUUUACUGAAUCACAACAGAGGUAAAGUAAGGCCAAAGGAACUUUAGUUGAACUACUCUUGGCUCCUACUCGGUUUCUGUUUUUUUCAAAGAUCUAUUUAUAAGACUUCCCAGAAAUGGAAGAAUACACACACACACACACAGCAUUUCACACACACACCUUUCCAACUAGGGAGGAAGGGCUCUUGGUCCGGAACAGCGCGUGUCCACAGUAAGAUAUCAUGUUCCCAUUUACGUCAUACUGCAUCCCUAUGAAGGCUGAAAGUUACCCCAUAUUGUUGGGAUUGCUGUGAAAUAAAGAUGACUGUAAGUCUUGAAUAAAAUAAUCCCCCUGCUGGUCGCUGAGAGAA